AUGUCUGAGUCUGCCACCAGCCCAGCAGACACCCAACCUGAGGCCAACCCAAGUCCAAAUGUACCUAAAAUAGCACCAGCCCCAGGUUACCUCAACCCAAAAGUGCCACCAUGUCCUCCUCCAUCUUACUGCGAAAAUCUAUCCCUGGAACAAACUCAAAUAGUUGAGCCAGAAGAAGAAGAUGAUGAGGCUGAAAAUUUCUGCGCCCCAGAAGACCGUCCUCUUACAGGAACAACAUUAGCAAAAGGAAAACAUCAUUGCAAUGCCAAUCCUGUACAAAGGAGGUCAUUUUUCUUGCUUCAAUGGAUCAAGAGAUUCCAGCGCAGACUCUGCAACUACGAAGACCCUGGAAACACUCCAACAAUUUGUCUUUUGGCUGCUUUAACAGCACUUUUUGCUUACACCAUUGUCUGGGCCAUCAGCUAUGUAUUUUACUUCUUUUCAAGCUUAUUACAUUCAUCUUUCACCCCUUGCCUCAGAAAGCAAGUCAGAGAGGCUAAAACUGAGAUCAGGAAAAGCUUGAAGGAACUUGGAUGGAUUCCACAUGUGGUGCUUUCACAAGUGGCUUUGCUCACUUAUGGUUUCCUUUUGGCACUGGCCUCAGUGGCUGAGAUCUUGUCAACAUCUCUGGGUUAUGUCUGGGAUGUUGCUUAUGCUGCUGUGACUGGAUCAGUGCCAAAAAGUCUGAAAACUGCAAUGGUUCCAGAGAAGAUGGUUACACAUAAGAAGCAGAUCAAACAUCCCUUGCUUCCUUUCCCCUCAGGAUAUUCAAAUGAUGUUGUGUUUCCCAUUUUUGGGAAAGCUUUGGUGAUUGAUCCAACUGGACAGAGGAACUAUAGUUGGACUGUGGAGCCACCAAAAAAUCCUUGUCCAGGGGACAAACCAGAACUGUCACUGAAAUCCUUGCUGAAAAUUAAAAGCACUUGCAGUUCAGAAUUUGGUGGAAUGGAUCUUGCAGAUCUUGCUUUGAAACUCAGACCUGGAGGAGCUGCUACCAUCACUGGUCAGCUAUUGACAGAGUUGAUUUGGGGUCCAAGCGAACCCCCAGCAUCACCAGAAGGUGACAGGAAAUGGGUAUCCCCAAUUUCUUGUCAGCAAAGAACAGACUCAUCCAGCAGCACUGAUGACCCUGAUGAUCCCUGUGCAACUCUCUUCACCUCAAGUCCACCACCACCACCACCACCAGAAGACCAACCAGAACCUGAAACUGAAGUUCCCCCACCACCCCCUCCUGAGAACACAAGGAAGAAAUGCAAUUGCAUAUUUGGCAUGAAGCUCAACUCAUUGAAUGAAACUGCGCAUUCAUUCAUUUCUGGUCAGACUGGAACCAAAGUUGGGAUCAGAAGGGUUGAAAAUCGCCUUUUACCGGAUAUUGGCGUGGAUUUCCGGAUCCGCAAAAUGUUGCACAGGGUGAUUAACCCAGUUGUGCUUCCGGUUGGGUCUGGGUUGAACCAGUUCCGGUUGUUUGACUCUGUGUCUGGUUGGGCCGAUUUCUUUGGACUGGGUGAUCAGAGGCGUCUGAGGUUUGUGGACCCCGUUGCAAGCGACAUCUGGAUGAAACAUCUCACGGCAGCAUCCCCAUCAACAUCUGAACUCAUCAUCCCACUGGACUCCAAACUGAAGCCAGUAUGUGAAGAACUGGCUCAAAAGCUAGCCAAAGAAAAGGCCAAUUUAUUGGCAGACCCGGAGUCUCCAGCCAAGAUCCAAAUCACCGAUGAACCGGAUGAUUUGCAACUCCUACGCCUGGACUUUACACUAACCAAGACCUUCUCCAUCAACUCAGUCGCCAUUUUGGAAGGAUUGGAGAAUUUGCGAGAGAAAUCUGCGCGCCAUUUGCUUUUUCAACUCGCGUCUCAAGACCUUGGGGACGGUUCGCAGUUAUUGGUGUUCACUGCUGAUCCCGCCAAAAUGAAAUUGUCUGAAAGGAAAGCUGGAAAAUUAGUCGAAGAACCUUGUUUCACUGAACCUGAUGGGGUCAGAAACUAUUUGAACAAAGUCUGGAAGCAGACAUUAACUUUGUCAACCAGAAACAAGCUGAUUGAGUCCUUGACCAGGUCUGUGACUCUGGUUGGUCAAGAAAGGUGUUCUGAUCAAGAGAGCUUUCCUGGAAAGUUCUUCUCUGCUGCUGCUUAAAACUCUGAGAGAAUAGUUAUUACAUGAAUUAAAUAUUUAAAAAAAUUUUAUCUUUUAUACUCACAGCUCAGAACAAAUAUUUAUCAAUGCUUCUGGAACUUUUACCAACAUUUCCCUUCAAUUCUCCUUGGUGAUUUUAAAUAAAAUAUCACACAACUCAAUAGACAUUACAA